AGUUCGUUACUAAUUCAAUUUACUACAAUUUUUGUUGCGUUAUUGAACGUGUGCAAUCGGACUUGCAGUAACCAUCUGGUAGGUGUUCUGUGCAGCAGCUAACAAAGCGGCUCUCGCAUCGAGUGUGCCUGUUCGUGCAUGCAUGGGAGAGAAUGGCGCGUUUGUUGUGAAUGUUGCGGCCCACGAUCUCAGUGCGUAGACACAUGGUCAUUGUCACCUGACGUUUGUCAUCUCGUCGAGCGUUUUGUACCCUAUAAAGUUUCGUCAUCUUGGAGGAUCAACCAUUCGUCGUAGUGCGCGUCUCCACGUGAACCAAGAUGAGCACUGCCGUGCGUAAGCUGUGCACUUUGUCUAAAGAUCUGUAUCUGCGCAGUCGGCCGAGCGCGCCUCUGUUGCGGCGCUUGUACUGCGAGGAAAGGCCGGCUACGUUCGAAAAAAGCAUCAAUCAGGUAACCCUCUUGGGCCGCGUUGGAAUAGAGCCCCAGCUACGCGGCACUGACGCGAACCCGGUCGUUGUGUUCACAUUGGCCACAAACAGCAACUACCGCUAUGAAACGGGGGAGGUACAGCAGAAGACCCAGUGGCACCGUAUCAGCGUGUUCAAGCCAUUUCUUCGCAACUCGGUACACCAGUACACGCGCAAGGGCUCUCGAGUGUUGGUCCAAGGACGUUUAAUUUAUGGUGAAAUAACAGACGCCAAGGGUGCAACCCAUGUGACCAGCACGGUGGUGGCAGAUGAUGUCAUUUUCUUAAGCCAAGGUGCUAGAACAGCCAAUGCGGAGGAGGAUACUCUUGCAGAGGCCGAGUUUCAGUAAACAAAGCCCAUGCUACGUGUGCCACGGCUGUAGAGAGCUGAAAGUCGUUCACUGUUUUCUUUUUGGUGAUGAGAGCGAGCAGUAUUACAUUAUGAAGUUUCAUGGAAGUUUCAAGCAUUCAUGUAAAGCCAUGGUUUUGCACCCAUGCCAUAGCAUUUAGGCUUUGAAUCCUUAAAGUUUUACAUUGUUUUUUUUUGUUUACUUGGUCAGUUUAAUUGGUUUCAAGUAGUAUCAAGUUGUGUCCAGUAAUAUUCCUCUCCCCCAUGUUAUGUUUCAACACAUUACCUCAGCUUUACUUUUGCUUAUGAGUGCUAAGUUUUUGCACUGUUUAUUUUAAUUUCCCUUGGUCAGUUUGUUUACCUAGUUUUAAGCAAUAUCAGGUUUUGUCCAAUGCUCUUCUCCUCCCCCUGCUUAUUUUUGACAGGGUAGUUGAGCCGUUGAUAUAGAAAUGUCUAUCAUAUAUGUUUCUAUGUUCUCGGCUCAUUGCAAGCAUUAUUUUGGCACUACAAAGCAAAGGGAUGAGUAAUGAUGAAAGCUGUAUGAAGCCUGUCAAAUUUGCCUCAUCAGCUAUAUUUGCAGUUGUCCUGUUCUGUAACAUGAAGGUAGUAGCACUUUUUUGUCUCCUGUAGAUUAUCUAUAUUUCGGCUGGGAUUCUCUACCUCAGUCAUGCCAGCUGUAGCCAAGAAAAGUACUCAAUAUAUAAACAAAAGGUUAUUUCAUAACUGUUCAGUAAAUGGCAAUGAAUAGUUUUCACGCAUUUACCAUUCUUUGAGCUUUUCAUUAUUAUCAACUCACUGAUGCCUUUUUUGACUGGAUUAACUGAAUCGAAAGGAAUAGUGCUGCCAAAAAAAGACAUCUUAAUGGCAUUUGUGCCAUGUUAAUGGAAGUGCAUCCAAUAGAGAUACAUGUAUAAUUAUAUUUCAGCAGUCACCUGUUUUACAAAGCUACCUAAUGUUUGGGCUCUUAAUAGUCUUGCAUCAUAUGAUGCAGUAAAUUGUUGUAGUAUGACAGAGUGAAAACUAUGACCUGUCAUUAUAUUUUGGAAAUUGCUACAUUUAAUUAACCAUGUACAAUACACACUGUUGUUUAAUGACUGGCACUACAUUUGACAUGAAGAGCAGAUAUGUAGUGUUCUCAAUUCAUACAAAUGUUGAGCCUGCACUUGCGUAUAGCUUUCACCUCUGCUUAGUGCCAUUGUGUGUAGCCAGCAAUAUCAUUGCAAGCUAUAGUAAGUUAUGCAAGACCUGCUCAGAUCGGGCAUUCUUGUAGUUAUUACUGGCUCUAGUUUGGAUGAAGUUGGUUAUAUACCUUUAGAAAAUGUCGCACUGCUGUCCUACUGAAGAAUCGGUGAACGGCACUCACUAGAUUGAAAAACAAUAUUCAGUUGUCAAAUUCAUCUGCAAUGUGAUUGUCUGUCAAAAAUGUGUAAGUAUCCUCUACCCCAUUGUGUAGCACUGAAAUGUCUGGUCUGUUCUAAUUUGCGUUAAGCUCUGUAGUUUGAUGUCUUGGCUGCUGGAAAAGCCUGCAUUUUGUUUAUGGUAUGAAAUGCUAAUGAUUCAGAGACUUCAUGAGCAGAAUAAAUAUUGUGCUUAAAGCUUACUGUCAA